ACACGCACGCACACACAGAAUCACGAGCACUUUGGGUGGCCUAUAUAAAAGCCAAGAUAGUAUUAGCAUAGACUUUAUCGGCUUUUAGGGAGGGGAUUUCAUAUUAUAUUAAUGGUUUGAUUUCCUCACAGGUAAGCCAAAAGGUGCAAGCAUGAGCAUGACCAGCCAAGUUGGGAUAUUGAAUUGUGGAAGUGGUUUCUGUUGAGUGGCAAAGAAAUGGCACAUCACAUGUUCGACAAAAUUUCUGUUAGGAUGCCUUAGAACUGCAAGUUUCAACCGUUUUUUUAUUUUCAUUGCGAAGACGAUGGAUUGUAAAUUCUUGUUCUUGGGUCUGCGUCCAGUGGUGCCAUUGCAAAGUAAUUUUUAUUGGAAAAGCAGGAUACCCUUAACUUUGAUUGCACAUUCCAAUAGAAAAGCACACUACAGAAAGAAGCUACCCAAAAACCUUCGGUCUCCGCGACGAUAUAAGCUUCCUCCUGAUUUUGGGGUUAAUUUGUUCCUGAAAAAACCCACCACUGGUGGUGACCCCUCGCAAACGGAUCCUGUUCUGGACGAUAAUGGUUAUUUAUCUCAAGAGGAAGAAGAGGAAAUAGCGGGGCAUAAUGAUGAUAUUGUUUGGGAAGCAGAUGAGAUUGAAGCAAUAUCCUCUCUUUUUCAAGGGAGGAUCCCUCAGAAGCCUGGAAAGUUGAAUAGAGAAAGACCUCUCCCACUUUCACUUCCUUACAAACUGAGACCUCUGGGACUUCCUACUCCGAAGAGACACAUUAAAAAUGUUAGUCCAUGGGUAGUUUCUUCGCGGGACACUAUAUGCAAGCGUGUUUACAAAAAUCCAACAUUUCUUGUCAGUUUAGCCAAGGAAAUUAAGCGCCUUAAUCCAGAUGAUGAUGUAUCUGUAGUUCUAAAUGAUUGUGCCCGUUUCUUGCGUAAAGGGUCCUUGUCAUUAACAAUUCGAGAGCUGGGUCAUAUGAGUCUUCCAGAGCGAGCUCUACAGACCUUCUGUUGGGCUCAGAAACAACCUCAUCUUUUCCCUGAUGAUCGGAUUUUGGCUUCCACUGUUGAGGUUUUGGCAAGGAAUCAAGACUUAAAAUUCCCAUUCGACUUUCAAAAGUUCACUAGUUUUGCAAGUCGAGGUGUGAUUGAGGCAAUGAUUAGGGGCUUCAUUCGUGGUAGAAGCUUAAAACUGGCUUGGAACCUUCUCUCGGUAGCCACCCAGGACAAAAGAAUGUUAGACCCCAACAUAUAUGCAAAAUUAAUAUUGGAGUUUGGAAAGAACCCUGAUAAACACAUGCUUGUGGAGCAGUUGUUGUAUGAGCUUGGGGAAAGAGAAAAUUUGAAUUUAAGCCAUCAGGAUUGCACUGCUAUAAUGAAGGUUCUCGUCAGGCUUAAAAAAUUUGAGUUAGCUAAUAGUCUGUUCCAUUGGUUUAAACUAUCGGGUCGCGAGCCAAGUGUUGUUAUGUACACUACUCUGAUUCACAGCUACUAUUCUGAGAAUAAAUUCAGGCAGGCGUUAACUGUGGUGUGGGAAAUGGAGGGAUCAAAUUGUCUCUUUGAUCUCCCCGCUUAUCGUGUUGUUAUCAAGCUGUUUGUUGCCUUGAAUGAUCUCUCGAGGGCUGUGAGAUAUUUUUCAAAACUUAAGGAAGCGGGUUUCUCUCCAACUUACGACAUAUAUAGGGACUUGAUUACAGUUUAUAUGGUUUAUGGGAGGCUGGCAAAGUGUAAGGAGAUCUGGAACGAAGCAGAGAUGGCGGGAUUCAAGUUGGAUGAGAAAAUGAAGUCAGAAUUACUGCAACUUGAAAGAGAAACAAUGUAAAGUUUCUGAACUAUUUUGGACCUUUGAAAUCAAUAAUCCCUAUGCAUGAACUGUAAAAUUGUCACUUGUGUAAAUCCAAACAAAUGUUUGUUGACAUGCCACAUGCACAUGGAUAUAUUUGUAUUCAAAAUGAGAAACUGAGUUCAUAUGGAAGUAAAAUUGUUGAUGCUUUGUUGCUGUUAUCAGAAUAUGCUGUGGAUUGGACGCUAAAACAAAAAAGCAGUGGAUUUUUAUUUUGUAAUGGUGGAGUCCUUCGGACAAUUUGUAGGAAUAAUUCCAAUGCGAUUUAGUUGUGCAUGAAUGAGUUCAUAAAAUCUUGUCAAUACUUUCUGCAUGCAAAGUGUUUUUGUUCUCUAUAAAUAUCGUUCUUCUUGUGUUCCUGAUUGUUAUUGUUUAUCCAUUCAAUUGUACAACUUGGGGUGACAAUCUGUUGUUGAAGUUUGAGAGUAUCUUACCUUCCUUGGAUUUCGUGGAGAUUGAAAAACAUAAGAUGUUAUGCACAUACAUAUUUGACAGCUGUUUGUGGUGAUAUUCCGAAAAUAGGAUUGUUUAGUUCAGAUGAUUAUUAAAUACAUGCUUUUAUCUGCCAACCUUCAUUGACAGAAUAAAUCAAUCAAACAUGAACAUGCAUACAUAUGGUAAACGGAUGAGUCAUCCCUUAUUUAGGCUCUAGUGCUCACUAAGACUGUCUCAAGACAGCUUUUGAAAUAUAAUACUUCACAGGUUAAACCCAUUGAGCUGACGAGCCUUUUUCACCAGUGCCUCAGCAAAUUCCUUGGGACUCUUUGGACUCUAUGAUGUUGCAUAGAACAAAAUAAGGUUCCAAGUGCCAAUGUGACCACCAAUCGGAUGAGUGUGUGAUUGUAGAAAAAUGUCAUCUUGAUUAGUAAUUAUGUAUAAUCAUGAUAAGUGGUUUGUAAUUUUUUGUAAGAUAAUGGUGUAAAUUAGAAGAUUUAUCACGACAGAACUGUUUAUAUUUCCUUGGGACUCUUGUUUAUCUGUUGGCCUGCAAAUCAACAGACCAUACGGAACAAAAAGAAAACUCAAAACCCAUUAAUACAGAAACUUGCCUGUUGUGAUACUCAUCUCUGUUUUGCAAGAGAAGCAAAGGGUAGAGAGGGCGAGAUUCCAAAAUAAACGCAGCUACGCACAUUGUUGAACUCUGUAAUGGGUGUUUGAGCUUUAUACCUGUGUUAUGCUAGCUAGCUAGCAAGCAAUAAAUCAUAAGGGCCAAUAAGAAAUGGAUAAUUGUAAAGAAAAAAGGGGAAACAGAAGCUUUAUCUCUCUGCGUUUUAAACAAACUGGUGGCUGCAGGUUUAGUAAGAAAGUAUACUUAGCAGUAAAAUUAAGAUAAAUAAUGAUUAAUAAGGUUAUUAGUUUAAUGAUGUUGAUAAUUAAAUUGACACAAAGACAUAAUAUAACUUAUGAGCUGCACAACAGAAGGUAGCCCUCUCCCUUUCUACUAGAAUGAUAAAUAUUUCAGGAGUUGGGAGUUCCUAUACCUUGAUGGUGAAAGAAAAACCAAUCAGACUAUUUCUUGAUCUUACUGUAAAAAUAACCGUCCAAACUGGAAUUCACUAGUAAAUUGGAGUGGUGCUAUAUUUGAAAUAAGAAUUAUAUUGAAGUGGAUUGGCACUUAUAAAUUUAAGUUUAAAUUGUACUUUAAAAAAGAAGAAUUGAAUAAUAAAUUUUAUAAAAAUCAAAUUGAAUCAAAAUUAUAGUAAUGAGAUAAGUUAAUGGUAUUAAAGAAAAAUAUUAGCAUACUAUUGUGAUUUGUUGCCCUCAUUGGAGAAAAAUGAUCUCAUGUUCUGAUGAAAAAUAAACAUACAGAUUCAAAGAUGGUGCAUUAAACUAUGAAUCUAGAAAAAUUAGAUUUUUAUCUUUGUAAAUAACGACAGUUCUUCAGUUUUUACAGGUAUCUAAGUAACUAACUAACACACAUCAAUCUAUCAAGAGUUGAAGAAACCUAACAAACAAGCAUCAAAAUCACAAAUAAUUGACCGCAGCAGUCAGCAUAAUCAUCACAGGCUUCAACUCCGGUCUUUCGCUAAUACAACAACACAUUGUUGGGUGAGGUUAGGUUAAUUUGGUUUAGUCGGCUGAAAACUUCUCGCUGAAAUACUAAAUAUUUGAUUGUCUCCUCUACGCCUUACCCAACAACGGCCUCGCCGAUUGCCCACAUAAAAGCUUGGAAAAGAUAAAGAAAAGAGACACCCAGAACCUACAUUAUCGUAUAUCCAAGAAAUUUUGCUCCUUUUACACUCUUUCCACUUCUUUCUUGUUGCUUUCUUUGCAUCUAUUUUGCUUUUUAUUUCUCUCUCUUUUUCCUUCUAUGUGACUUUUUCUCAAGCACUUGUAUGCAUUUCCAGUAACCACAGUAUCGAGCUGUUUUAUUCUCAUAGGAAAAAGUAGAAAAAAAACAAAAGAAAGUGGGUUGUUUGAAUGAUCAUAGGAUAAGGGAAAAGAAUCCGGUACAAUGGAGGUAGCAGAGCUGGAGUUGGAGAGGAGGAGCCGGUUCUUGAAUAGUUUGAUAGAGAAGAAGAAAGCUAAAGAACAGCAAGAGCAAUACGACAGGCUUAAUGUAAGUGUUAGAGCUUCUGAUAUGCCCAUUCCUUUGCAGACUCGAGCUUUUAAGUGUGCUCGUGAGCAGCUUGACUCCAUGCCUGGAAAGCUCCACAGCAAACGUCUAGCUCUUGCACUUAAGAAGGAAUUUGAUCAGCAUAUGGUCCAGCUUGGCAUUGCAUAGUGGGAGCUAGCUUUGGUUCAUAUGUUACUCAUUCUGUAGGAGGCUUCUUGUAUUUUUCAAUUGACAAGGUGUACGUCUUACUCUUUAAGACUGCUGUUGAUCUUUAGAUCAUUGAUGAUUAUCUAAUUUGAGUGGCACGGUCGUGUAAGUUUUUCUUCAUAUCAUCAUUGCCACAGUCGUGGCAGUAGAUUUAUAUAUCCAAUACCUUUAACCAGCUGAUUCCUAAUUUUGAUCAUGAACACUAACAUCUUUUAGCUAAUGUUAAAAUCUUUAAGAAUUUGUCUGCUCUGUAAGUUGUUAUUGCAAUUGCAUGAUAAGCCUGGACCAAGACAAUACAGGGUUUUGCUUUGUAAGCAAGGAAAUGUGAAGGCUUUGACUCUUAUCCUCCAACCCACUUGCAAUUUGCAGUACUAUGUGGCUCAUUUUGGUCCAUACAUAUAAUCUCCUGUAUAUAUUCUCUCUCAUUACUUCCCUUUUCCAAAUCUGCUUUUUUUUUGCAAGUUAUAAUCAUAUAGGAGCUCCAUUACCAUUUCUGUAGCUUGAGGAUAUGGAGAUUUCACAUUUUGAAGAACAC